AUUGAUGAACCAGUCAACUUGAACAUCUCUUUCUCAAAAGGGCAGCUCGCCUGCUCCCAUCCGUCACACAUCUAUAAAGACAUAUCAAAUCUCCCAUCAAACUUCAAUCAAAAACAACAAAACAAAGAAUCAAUUCAUCAAAAGAUCUAAGAUUGAACACGAUGGAGGAUAAUAAACCCAAAUCGACAGCAAUUCUGUUCUUAUCUUCUCUUUUGAUGAUAUCUCUCCUGAUUUCUUCAUCCUCUGCUCAGAAUUGUCAAUCCACAACAUUCUCCGGCAACAGGAUUUACUCCACCUGCACAGCUCUCCCCGUUUUAAACUCUUUCCUUCACUGGAAUUACCAUCAAUCCAAUCAGACUGUUGAUCUUGCUUACCGGCACACCGGCGUCUCUUCCACUAACUGGGUCGCAUGGGCGCUCAAUAUCAAUGGAGCUGGCAUGACCGGAGCUCAGGCGCUCGUCGCCUUUCAGGGAACCGGAGGAAACAUGCAGGCCUAUACCUCCUCUGUUCCUAACACUGGUAUUUCAACCCUCUCGCCGGGAAAUUUGAGCUUCGGUGUCCCAUCCAUCUCUGCUGAAUUUGUUAGCAGUGAGAUUAUUAUUUAUGCCACUCUUCAACUUCCCGGUGACGGUACUAGUUUCAAUCAGGUCUGGCAAAUUGGACCUCUUUCCGGUAAUAAUCCGGCAGCACACAACUUGGCCGGAGCUAACUUGGCGUCAACAGGGAGAGUAAAUUUUGCCGACGGCUCUGUAUCGGGUGAUGGAGGCGCCGCUAGUACUAGACAGAGAAACAAAAAUAUUCACGGAGUAUUGAAUGCAAUCAGUUGGGGAGUGUUGAUGCCGUUUGGGGCGAUAGUGGCUAGAUAUUUAAAGGUGUUUAAGUCGGCUGAUCCGGCAUGGUUCUAUAUCCAUGUCGCGUGUCAAUCGUCAGCCUACAUCAUCGGAGUAGCCGGAUGGGGUACUGGAUUGAAACUCGGGGAGGAGUCUGGAUUAGACAAUACCACACAUAGAAAUAUAGGGAUUACCCUCUUUUGCCUCGGCACUCUUCAGGUGUUUGCGCUUAUGUUGAGGCCCAACAAAGACAACAAGUAUAGAAUGUAUUGGAACUUUUACCAUUGGGGUGUGGGAUACACUGUGAUCAUCCUCACAAUAGUAAACAUCUUCAAGGGAUUCGACCUUUUGAACCCGGCCAAGGAAUGGAAACAUGCUUACAUCGGAAUCAUCGUAUCCUACGGCGUCAUUGCGGUCUUGUUGGAGUGUUACACUUGGUUCUUAGUUAUCAAGAGAAAGAGACAGACCCCUUCCGGCGACAAAUACCCUUACGCCGGAAACGGGCAGACUGUCUAGAUUUACGAUUUAUUGGUACAAAUUAGUAGAACAGGGAUGAUGGCUACAGCCUCCGGCUGUUUGUCUCACUUUUUAUUUUUAUGUUGUUGAGAUAUUUAUUUUAUUUUUGUUGUCCUUGUAUUUUUAAAUAUAAUAGUAUCAUUAUUUUUUCAUAUGUUCUUUUUUGUUUGAGAUUUUGACUUUGACGUUGUAUGAUUUCUCAUGUUAUACAAAUAGGGAUUUGCUAUAUUAAAAUAAAAUAU